CAACCCAAUCAUUCUCCACGGUCAGAUCACAGAAUCUUCUUCUCUCUCAUCUACUUCCCCAAACUUUCUUCUUCACCAUUCCUCAUUUCAAACUUCAUCUUUCAUUUCCCUCUUCGUUCAUUUCCCAAACCCUAAAAAAACUCCACUCAACUCAUUUCCACAUUUUUUUUCACCAAAAUCGUUCAUUCACAUCAAAAUGCCGUUUCUAUCAGAGGCCGCAAGUGCAAUCAAGACUAGAUUCGGGUUCCAUAAUCAUCCAUCGGAACAACUUUCGCUCACUCAGAACACUCCAGAUCUUUUCAAAUCAGCGGUUAAAGACAAUCUCAUUCAAAACUCUGUAGUUCGUAAUAUCACCGAUUGGGACGAUGAAAGCGUUGCUGGACAAAGUAGCGCUGCGGUUUCGCGGAUUCAAAGCUUUGAAUUGUGCGAAGAUCCUUCUUUCUGGAAAGAUCAUAAUGUGCAGGUUAUAAUUAGAAUGCGUCCGCUUAGCAAUAACGAGAUAUCCGUUCAAGGUAACAACAAGUGUGUUAGACAAGAGAGUUGUCAGACAAUUUCUUGGACUGGACCUCCGGAGGCACGGUUUACUUUUGAUCUGGUUGCAGAUGAGAACGUUAGCCAGGAGAACCUCUUUAAAGUAGCUGGUGUGCCAAUGGUAGAUAACUGCAUGGGAGGCUACAACAGCUGCAUGUUUGCUUAUGGUCAAACGGGAAGUGGGAAGACGCACACCAUGCUUGGUGACAUUGAAGGGGGAACUAGAAGACACAGUGUCAACUGUGGGAUGACACCAAGAAUUUUUGAGCACUUGUUUUCAAGAAUUCAGAAGGAAAAAGAGGUGCGUAGAGACGAGAAGUUAAAAUUCACAUGCAAAUGUUCUUUCUUGGAGAUAUACAAUGAACAGAUCCUUGAUCUGUUGGAUCCUUCAUCUAGCAAUCUGCAGAUAAGAGAAGACAGUAAGAAAGGUGUUUACGUGGAAAAUCUCAAGGAAAUGGAAGUUACUAAUGCUAGAGAUGUUAUACAAUUACUUGUUCAGGGUGCUGCAAACAGAAAGGUGGCUGCUACCAAUAUGAAUCGUGCUAGUAGCCGUUCUCAUAGUGUAUUUACUUGCAUCAUUGAGAGUCAAUGGGAUUCUCAAGGUGUUACUCACUUUCGAUUUGCUCGACUCAAUCUUGUUGAUUUGGCUGGUUCUGAGAGGCAGAAAAGUUCUGGCGCUGAGGGAGAACGCCUCAAGGAAGCUACUAAUAUCAACAAGUCUCUUUCAACUUUGGGGCUUGUGAUUAUGAACCUGGUAGGUAUAUCUAAUGGGAAGUCACACCAUGUUCCUUACCGCGAUUCAAAGCUCACAUUUUUACUUCAGGAUUCUCUCGGAGGGAAUUCAAAAACUAUCAUAAUUGCUAAUAUAAGUCCCUCCAUUUGCUGUUCGCUUGAGACAUUAAGCACGCUGAAGUUCGCACAACGUGCUAAAUUUAUUAGGAACAAUGCCAUUGUAAAUGAGGAUGCAUCGGGAGAUGUCAUUGCAAUGAGACUUCAAAUUCAACAACUCAAGAAAGAAGUGUCCCGUUUGCGAUCUCUUGGUGGUGGAGGAGAAAUUCAGGAUAAAGACACUUCAGUAAUGGGCUUUCCAGGCUCACCGGUAUCAUCCUUCAAGUGGGGGAACGCUCAAGGAUCAUUCAGUCCAUUAACUUCUGCUAAAAGGGUAUCUCAGAAUAAAGAUUAUGAAAUUGCCCUUGUUGGGGCCUUUAGGAGGGAAAAAGACAAAGAAAUAGCGUUGCAAGCCCUGAGAGAAGAAAAUGAAGCGGCCAAGAAGCUGGUCAAACAAAGGGAAGAUGAGAUACAAUGUCUAAAGAUGAGGCUCAAAUUUCGAGAAGCUGAAAGAAGAAGGUUAGAAGCAGUUGCCUCUGGGAAGAUCUCAGCUGAGACACACUUGCUGCUUGAAAAAGAGGAACAUUUGAAGGAAAUUGAGGUCCUGCAGGCCAAGGUGGACCGAAGUCAAGAUGUAACUAGAUUUGCUUUGGAAAAUUUGCAGCUCACAGAAGAAAUAAAAAGGUUGAAGACAUUUUAUGAGGAAGGUGAACGGGAAAUAAUGAAUGGACAAAUCAUGGUACUCCAAAACAAGUUGUUAGAAGCAUUGGAUUGGAAAUUAAUGCACGAGCCCGAUAUGAAAACAAAUGCUGACUCAAUGAUGGAGGACUUAAAUAGAGAUUGUGAUCUUAUUUCAAAACAGGAGUCUAGUCCAAAGUCACGUUGGCAGUCUUCUCUUCGAGAGGAAAAUGAGUUUCUUCGCAUCCAGGCUAUACAAAACCAUGCAGAAAUGGACACAAUUCUAAAGAAGUUAGAGGUUUGCCUUGGAGAGAAAGAAAAAUUGGAAAGGCAAGUUGAUGAUUUGAAAGCAAAAUUUGAACAAGAAAAAUCUCAUCUAAGUGAAACUACAACAGAAGGAAGGGAUCAAAUUGACCUUCCAUCAAUUAACAUCAAUGGCCAAAUGGAAUUGAAGACAAUGGUUGAUGCUAUUGCUGCUGCUAGUCAUAGAGAAGCAGAGGCUCAUGAGACAGCAAUUAUCUUGUCAAGGGAGAAUGAAGAUCUAAGGGUGAAGCUUAGAGCCAUGCUCGAGGACAACAGUAAACUAAUUGAGUUGUAUGAACAGGCUGCUGCUGAAAAUAACAGAAAUAUUACUAAAGGGGAGAAUUCUCAAGAAAUUGUAUCCAAAGUUACCAAUGAUUACCUUCUUGAAAAAAGAGAAGAGGAGGCUGCUUUGAAAAGAGUGAUUGAGGAUCUCCAACAUCAGCUCACAGAAAUCAAUGAAGAAAAAAGAGAAGUGGAGGCUGCUUUGAAAAGAGCGAUUGAGGACAACAGUAAAUUAAUUGAGUUGUACGAGCAGGCUGCUGCUGAAAAUAACAGAAAUAUUACUCAAGGGGAAAAUUCUCAAGAAAUUGUAUCCAAAGUUGGCAAUGAUUACCUUCUCGAAAAAAGAGAAGAGGAGGCUGCUUUGAAAAGAGUGAUUGAGGAUCUCCAACAUCAGCUCAUGGAAAUCAGCGAAGAAAAAAGAGAAGACGAGGCUGCUUUGAAAAGAGUGAUUGAGGAUCUCCAACAUCAGCUCACGGAAAUCAAUGAAGAAAAUGAAAAGUUGUUGAGUUUGUAUGAAAGAGCCAUGCAGGAGAAGGACGAUCUUAAAAGAACUCUCUCAUGUUCUGGACAUGAAAGAGUUGAAACCAAAGGAGAAGAAUUGGAUUGUGUGGAAAAGCUUGUUGAGGUUGACGAAGGGGAAAGAGACUCAAUAGUAGGGACUGCUUCAGAGGAAGUGCAUGAUAGAGGUGAUGGUAGAUAUGAUGACAAUCCUGCUACAUCUGGGUCUGAUAUAUGCCUUGAGUCAGAUGGACAUGAAGAAGAAAAGCUUUUAAAGGAGGAGAAUGAGGUUGACAUUCUGGUUAACACUGAAAAGGUCGCUGAGGUAUCAAAUUUCAAUGAGGCAAAGUUAUCAAUGGAAUUAAACUAUGCUAAAGAAAAGCUUGAAAGGGUUGACGAACAAAUUUUAGAUGCUGUUAGAACACUUGGCUAUGCUGAAAAAGAAAUUGUCCAGGUUGAUGAGCUCUCAAAAGAAAUUCAAGUGAUAGAACAUGAUAUUCAGGUCAAACGUCAGCAGUUUAAAUCCUCAAAUCUUGAACUUCACGAAGCACAUAAUAGAAGAGCUCUAACUGAUAAAAAGCUAUCUGCACUCAAAUAUUCAUUAUCAAACUUUAUAAAGCACGGGUCAUUUUCUUAUUUUGAGCAACGAGUAGCAAAGGCAAGAGCAACAUUGAACGACUUGGCAUCUCAUCUUGACCGAAAGAAAGGGGAGUUGGUUGCUCUUCAAGCUUCCAAACAGUUGCUGGAAAGUGAUAUAAAGAAGAACCAAGAAUCUGAAGCUGAGUUAACCAAGAAUAUUGCAUGCAUCAAAUCCAAACUGGAGGAAGAGAAUCGCAUGCGUGAAGAUGGAAAGGUUCUCUUUGCUAUUGAUAACACACAUAACAUAGAUUCCUCAGUGAAAAGUUGGCAAUUUAGUGGUAAAGCGUUUGAUUUACUCAAGCUAGAAGAAGAAAAGACUAAGCUGCAAGCAGAGAUGAAACUUUCUCAAGAAAAAAUAGGAGUUAUUAGAAAAGAACUGGGAAAUCUGAACAGGAAAGUAGCAAAGGUAGAGAGUCAGAUACAAGCAGUUGGGCUGGAAGUACAGCAAGGUUUGAGAACCACAGAGGAAAAAGAACGUUCACUUCAACGCGCGACGAAUGAAAAAGAAAUGUUCUUCGAGUUUAGAGAUAAUGGAAUGUUGGAAAUGGAGCACUUGAUCAUUGAUCUCCAUCAAUACGUGUUUGAAUAUGAUCUAAAGGAGGCUGAAACAAAGAUUCUAGGGGAAGAAUUGCAAAUGAAUUUUCUAAGAGCCGAAGAGUUGCAGACAGACAUGAUCAUAGCUGCAAACAGCAAUUUCUUAUCUUCCAAGUCUUGUGUAGGCACGUUUGAGAAGGUAGAGGAGCAAAUGAAAAAUCUAAGGACAUCUAUUCAGGAGACAAAAUUAUUGUUGGAAGGCAUUUCCCGUGCCACCUAAACUAUUUCUCUCUGUAACUUACUUUUACUUUUUCUCUCUGUAACUUGUUCUCCACUUCUUAAUUAAAGCAUGUUGCGUGUAACAUUCAUUAUGGAUA